AUGUCCUUCUCAAUUCGCCGUCUUUCCCGGUACCACGUUGAAGGUCUGGUGCUCGCUCCCGUAGUGUUCAGCGGCUUAUUCGUUGCAUUGUGGACCUGGAAGUGUUUGAUGUUGGUCAUUUUUCAGAAUAAAAUCAUAUACAUGCCGGGCCUACCACCCAAUGCGCGUUGGGAGAAGAUCGAAGAUCAUGCCAAUCGGUGUGCCGGCAUUAAGUGGCGGGAAGAAAGAAUCCGCGCAGCUGACGGGACAGAUCUUGCUCUGUGUAUUACGGACAUGGAACUUGGUUCUGGUGCAACGUCUACGGUACCAAAUGUUGCAUUCUACAUACUCUAUUUACAGGGGAACGCCUCGUCCACCCCCCCUCGCUUACCCGACCUUUCCUCGAUCCUCUGCAUGCUAAAGAGACGUUCGUCACAAUGGGAUGAUCGAAAUAUUCGAUGCACAACUGCAUGUCUUAGCUAUAGGGGCUAUUGGACUUCACGAGGCCGUCCUACCGAAAGGGGUCUCAAUUUGGAUACUGCCGCCGCUCUUAGCUGGAUUUCUCAGCUGCAUCGUAAUUCUUACGGCGGAGAGAACCAAGAGUCGAGACCCUCGGCAAAGGUCGUCCUCUGGGGCCAAAGUAUUGGCGCGGGUGUAGCUACCAACCUCGCAGCCGAGGCCAUAAUACCCGUAAACGUACAUUUGGAUUCCUUGAUUCUCGAAACCCCAUUCACGUCAAUUCGUGCCAUGUUAGAGGUUCUCUAUCCGCAGAAGUGGUUGCCGUAUCGGUACCUCUGGCCGUUUCUGCGGAACCACCUCGACAGCUGGAAGAACCUGGGGAUUAUAUCACGGAAGUAUGAAACUGGCAAUUCUCCCCCGGAGGUAUUCAUUUUAGAAGCAGGGAAGGAUGAGCUAGUUCCUAAAGAACUCAGUCAACAGCUCUAUGAUCGGUGUUUAGACGUACAACUACCUGUGACGAGGAAAGCUGUGAAUGGGGCUUUCCAUAACGACACGAUGUUUCGAGCCGACGGUCGAAGGGCCGUGUCAGAAUUCUUGUCGCACAGAAUGUGUUCCGCGCGUGUUUAUACUUAA